CAGCCUGAUACAGACCGACAUCUAAUGGACACCGGCAGAAGAUGAUCUUGCUUAUGUUCCUACUGUCCUCAGGUCAAACCUUACGUAUUGCCAACUUCACACGACAGACCGGAUAUGACGGAGUACUUCCGGUAGAUUCUAGCUUGAUUCGGUAUUUCUCCACCCACAGUCGUGUUGCCUGUGCAGGACUUUGCUCAGAAUACGAAAUUUGUAGAACUUUCUUAUAUCAUUAUUCAUCUAAAGAUUGCUAUAUUUGGGACAAGCACCUAGAUCAUAAUUCUGCAACAAAACCCCUCGAUGGAAUACAAACAUACAAAUCCAAUGCCCCAUUCAUCAACCUCAGAGAGAAUUGUGUGAAUCACGGAUUUACCAUCAGUGACAGUGAAAGAAUGUGCUUUAAAUACUUUUACAACAGUAACCCGCGUUCUAAAGAAGUUAUUCUCAAUGAAUGCCAACAGUUUGGGGCUGGAUUGCUUCUUCUUAACACUCCGGGAAGAAGGUCUUUCUUUUUAAGUCAAGAUUAUGUAAUUUCAGGAACCAAUGAAGCUCAUGUUGGACUAAGCGAUGCAAACGUAGAAGGAACGUGGAUCUGGGAUAACGGAGACCCAGCAGAUGACGCUGUACUGGCUAGUUCUACAUUCGAUAACGAUGAUGAUCGCUACACAUGUACCGAAGGGGCCGAUUGCGUUGUAGUCUUUACUGGGAGUAAAAGUUUAACGUUCGAGGAUUAUUGCUGUAAAAACAUCAAACAUUGGUAUUGUGCCAUUUUAUUUUAAACACACUAAUGAAACAGUAUUAUGACGUUCCAUUUAUAGCAUUUUAUCGUUUCAAUUUAUUUAAGACAGCACCUGAAGGAUUUUGUUUUUCAAAUAUUUGAAGAUGUUCAGUAUUAAUAACUAUUGUUAUCUCUGGGUAUCUGAACGUGAAUUCAUGGAAAAUGAUUUAUCUUAUUGAUUUCUGUUUUUAAUAACCUUUUUCGACAUCAAACGUAAUAAUGAAACCAUUGUAUGUUAUAACCCAAAGGUGAACAGAAAAAGAAGUGUUGAGAAUUAAUUGCUAUUCCACGUUGAGAUAUACCAAGGAUGGAUACUCAUUAACGAAUUCGUUAAUUUCAUUUCAUAGGAUUAUAUUGGUAAUUGAUCGUGUACUUUUUUCCCAUUAAACUACAUUUAUGUGUUUUUAUGGAUGUCUG